GAGCAAAACUCGCGGCGCCGUGGCGAGAGCCACGACCCUAGAGACGAGAGACCGUAGGGCGAUUCUCUCCGUUUCGCACACGCUCGUAUACGCGUGCGCGCACAUGUGUGUGUGUGUGUGUGGUGUGUGUACGUACGUAUCCUACGCGUAUAAACGCCGUGUCUGUGGAACGUAGGUAGUGUACAUACGCCAUAUUCUCUCUCGGCGGUGCGCGAGAGAGACGGAGAGAAGACAGGGGGACCAGCCGGACGGAUGACAGAAAUGCACCGUAGCCGUGCGAGCGCGAGGACUGCGCGGUGAAACGACGUGCAACGGCGUCGUCGGCGGAAAUCUCGCCUUCUCGUACGCGCGUCGUAAUUCACAACACGGGGCAGAGGGUGGUGGUACGCGACGUGUGGAUCACGAGAGAGAGAGAGAGAGAAGAGAGCGAUCUCUCGCUCCGUCCCUGUUCCGCACCUUGUGCCGUUUCUCUCUCUCUCGCUCGGUCGCUCGUUCUCCGUCUUUUCCCACGGCGCGCGACACGGCCGACUCCGGUUUAUUUAACGUGUAAUACGUGCACGCGGGCGACAAUGCGCCAGCGACGGCGCGCGUCACGCGUCAUCGUCCCGUGACACAACGACGACGACGACGACGACGACGACGACGGCGGCGGCCACGACGACGACGACGACGACGACGACGGUGACGACAGUGACGAGCAGUGACGACGAGCAGUCAACGACGUCCGUCACGGUGAUAUACCGCGCGCACUCGCCGCUCACGGGGCGAAGGGGAGGAGUACGGAAGACGUGCACGAAAGACGGGAGUCAGCAGCAGCGGCAGUCAGCCAGCCAGUCAGUCGAUCGGUCAGUCGGGUAGUGCACGGGAGCUACGGACGGCGGGGACACGCUCCCGCGGGGCCAGGACAGGUCGGCGCGGCCAUUUUUACAUCGGUUUACACCGCACGAUGCGGCAACCGUGCGUGCCGUUCGUUCGAUCCGCCAUUCCAACAAACAAUCGGUGCGCUACGUGCGGUACGGGUCCGACGACGAUGACGGCAGAUCGCGGUGGCAGUAGUACCGCCUGCGUGCCGCGUCGCCGACGGUAGGCGCUUCGCCGCGUCGCUCUCCUCAGCCGCCUCACGCUGUGCUGUGCGCGUCCAGUCAGCCAGUUGGACGGCCGGACACGAGCGAGUGGGUAGAAGGCACGCAGGCACGCACGUACGCACGCAUGCACGCACGCACACGGUUAAAGGCGGUGCGCCUGCACAACGACAACGACGACGACGACGACGACGGCGGCGACGGCGACGGGACGUAACGUGAAGGUGAGGACGACGUGACGUCGCGGGGGGACGACAGUAGCGGUAGUACCAGCAGCGCUGGUGGACGACGUCGACGACGACGACGUUGGCGACGACGACGACGGUGGUUGUGGUGGGCCAAGAGGAGGAAGCGUGGAGGAAGCGGCGGAGAGGAAGGCGGCGACGGAGGAGAAGACGAAAAGGAAGAAGAAGACGGAAGGAAGGAAGGAAGGAAGGAAGGAAGGUAGGAAGGAAGGAGGAGGAACGUGGACCGUCGCGCUGUCGCGAUAACGCGAGGAGGAUGAUAACGGCGUGCGCGAUCACCGCCGAGACGACGUGGACGACCACGAUCACGAGGAGGAGAGAACACGGAGGAACAGUUGCCCCUCCUGUGAUUCGCAGUGGUGUUUAAUAGCGAGGGCAGCAGCCCCCCUUGAGUAGUGCGUGGACCUGGCCAUCGGAUGAUAACAGUGUGCGCGUCCUACUCCACGGCCUUCUAAAUAAAAAAGAGCGUGCUCGCCGCUUGUGUGUGUAUACAUAUGUGUGUGUGCGCGGGCGCGCGCGUGUGUACGUGUGGUGUGUCGUGCGUGGCUGUGUAGUACGUGUGCUCCAUCUCGGUGUAUACGCCGCUCUCUGUCAUUUUCUCACUCGCUCGCACGCACGCGUUCUCUGUCCUCUUUCUCUCUUUGCCCGUCUCAUCUGUCCGUGCGACCUGCGUGCGUGUUUCUCGCGUGUGCGGAGGACUCCGUUUCUCUCUCUCUCUUUCUCUCUCUCUCUCUCUUUCUCUCUCUCUCUCUCUGUUUCUCUGUCCUCGACCACCGCGCGCGCGAGCGAUCGAUCUGACAUCGUGCCGUGGACGUUAAACCGCGUCGCGAAAUCCGCGAGAGAGACUCUCGGGUCGACGAGAACUCGUCGUCGUCCUGCCGGGAGACAGAGAGGAAACAAUAUACAUAUCGGGGAGCCAGCGGCAGCGGCGGCGGCAGUAACAGCAGCAGCAGCAGCAGCAACAGCAGCCGUGCACACAGUGUGCGUGCCGACGGCAACGUCUCGUGAGAGUGCGUGUCCCGAGGCGGCGCGGUGCACUCUCUCUCUUUCUCCUCUCUGCCUUGUCCCCCCUUCUCCCCUCCCUCCGCCAUCUCCUCCCCAUCGUCCACGUCGUCUUCCUUUCUUUCCCUCUCGCUCUCUUCCCAUCGGUCGGGACGACCGUAGAAUGCACGACGACAACGCUGCCACGAGCAUCGCCGCUGUCGUCUGCUCGUGUCGUCGCGCUCCCUUUGUCGCCGCUACAUUCCUCCGGCGCGCACGUUGAUCGCCGCGAGUGAUCCGAAGCCGCGGAGAGACCUGACUCCCUUUGCCGAGAGUCAAAGUGCCCGCGUGUGCCAAGAAUACGUGGUGUGCGUGGAGAGAUCGCGCGAAGAUGGAGAUCGAGGCGAAGCAGCGCAGCCAGAAGAACCGACGGCGGGAGCGGGCGCAGCGCAUGCUGGCGCAGAGGGAGAGCCUGGCCACCGCGAAGCAGCAGCACCAGCAACAGCAGCAGCAACAGUCGCAGCAGUCGCGGCAACGGCCGCCAAACGACGAGGAGGACAGUCACAGCGGCGAGGAUGAGGACCCUGGUGGUGGCGGCGGCGGCGGCGGCGGUGGCGGCGGCGGCGUCGUCGUCGUUGGCAGCGGUGGAGGCGGCGGCUGCGGCGGCGGCGGAGCCGGCGGUGGCGGCAGCGACGGUGGCGGUGGCGGCGCCAAGACCGGUCACCCGCGGGACGGCCACUCGCGACCGCCCAGGCCGCCGCGACCCCCGAGGCCCCGCAAGAAGUCUUCCCUCGCGGCCGGCAACCAGAAGGAGCCACCUUUCGAGGAGGACAUUAUCGACGGAUUCGCCAUCCUCGCCUUCCGCACGUACGAGGACCUCGAGAGUGCAAUAAAGCUAGCUGGUAAAAAUAAUGUCAAGAAGCUACAUACGUUGCUGUCGAUAGCAGAGGAGAAACCAAAGGUGGACACAGGGCAGAAUAACAGGCACAACGAGCAUCACAUCAAAAACAAUUUCAAGCACAACCAUUACACACACAAUUCCAUACUGACACCUUCGACGCUAAACCAGGGCCUAGAUGCAGGUACAAGCGACGACAGUGGCAGAGCGUCUGAACGGUUGCACGGCCCUGGUAUACCUAGGGAUUGCCAGGACGCAGACAGUUCCAGGGACCAUCUCAGCGAUGCUAGCAGUCAUUGCAGUUCGGGUAAAGGUUAUAUCUGUGAUAGUGAAGGAGAAGACGAUAAGGGCUCGGAUGCCGAAUCUAUACUCUUUGAAUCUUCUACCCCACCACCUCUCACACGUAAAUACGAAUUGCCAUCUUCUUCGCCACACGUACCACCCACAAACGGGGCAGGCGGAUCUCCACCGGACACGGGUGGUCAAAUUUCUAAUCCAGCUACGGCACCUAUACCUCCUCCUGUGCCUGCGUCUGCACCAGUUCCAACAGCGCCGAGUCCUCCCAGUCCCACGUUGCCUCCACACAUAUCUCAGCCUCCUAUGACUAGUCCUUUGGCAGCGAAUCCACGUGCAAUAGCUCCGCAACAGCGGCCAGCUUCCCCCGCUCUGCCACCACCCUCCUUAUCUCAACAACCGCACACUACGAUACCUGCAUUGCAUCCACCCAUCGGGCCUCUUGUCUCGAGUCAUACAACUAGUCCAGCGGUAGCCAGUUUAGGUGUUACGCCAGCAGCACCAUCAAACGGAGCGGCCACCACGAGUUAUCCACCGCCCAUUCCUAUAGCCGCGUAUCCGCAGACGCAACCAUCGUAUCCACCGCUUUACACUCCGUACACCGCUUUAAAUCACAGCCCGUAUCUUCCGCCUGCGGUACCAUCCCCUUCUCACUCUGCUUCGUCGCGCGCUGACGUGAGAGGGAGUAGAGCUUCCCCCUGUACCAACAUAAGUAAACAGACUAUAGGAAAUAACCUCGCGAGUCAUAAUAAUACUCCACUGAGCGCUGCCACCACAACAUGCGUAUCCACUAUAACUAACACAGUUACCACGGCAAACACUAUUGCUCAUAAAGACAUGGUAGCCUGCAGUCUGUCCGGACGAAACAACUCUCCGCGUGGACAUAGCCCCAGUCGGGAAAGAGAUAGUUAUAGCAGUAACGUGAGUAGUCUAAGUCGGGGCAGCAUAACGCCUGUUAGUGUGCCAAACACCUCCUCUCCAGCCAAUUCUAGUCUACCUGCCUACACCAAGUCACAAGGUUGGAUUAGCAACAACACAGCAUCCCAGCUCUCCCCAGCGACAGCUACGUCUGUUCCGAGGCCAACUCCGCCACCGGUGCCACUUGGCAUACACACGUUUCCACCACCGAUGUUCGCAGCGCCUUUACCACCUCCAGUUUCUAGCUCAAGUCCGCAUACUUCACUGCCCUCACUUCCUCCACCGACGACCAAUCCUAAUCCGUUUUCGGCAGAGUCUCUAUUCCAAACAAAAGGGGUGACACAUGUUGCAGGUCAGGCAGAUCUUUUGAGACGAGAACUCGAUAGUAGGUUCUUAGCAUCUCAAGACAGAAAUGUUGGAGUUGGAGUGGGGAAUUUGGGUCCACCAGCAUAUCUUCGAACAGAAAUGCAUCAUCAUCAGCAUCAGCACACGCAUGUACAUCAACAUACUACACCGUUGUUGCCAACAGCUGCAGCGUCAUCGCUUUUUCCACCUCCAAUUUUUAAGGACAUCCCAAAAUUGGGAGGAGUCGAUUCACCAUUUUUUCGUGGGAACUUAAACAUUUCUGGUUAUUCUGGUUUUAACACUGGCCUUCUUCAUCCUGGAAUUGGACCGCCUUCGACACCCUUUGUGUCACCUAAUCACUUAACUCCGUUUGCGCCAAAGAAAAGUGGAAAGUGGAAUGCGAUGCACGUGCGCAUCGCGUGGGAAAUAUAUAAUCAUCAACAAAAGCAACAGGCUGAAGCUAAAGCAGGAGGUGUCGUUAGUACCAAAACCGAGUUACUAAGACCACCGGGCCAUCUUUAUCCAGGGGGACCAGCCAGUGGUCUUGGACUCGGUGCACCAUCAAUGGCACCUCCAUUUCCCACUAACAUGCCAUCUGCUCAUCCCGCACCACCUCCACCUCAUCCUGUCGGUUUUCUGUCUACAACGGCCUCACAUUUAGGUAAUAGAGGAGCAGGAAUAUCGCCUUUUGGAAGAUAUCCUUCAACGUUUGGCGCCCCAAAUCCCAAUUUUCCGAAUCUUUCAACUUUUCCACCAAGGGAAAUGCCACCUCUCAGUGGACUUGGUUCAGUGCAUGAUCCAUGGCGAGGAUUGCAACGCGCUACCACUGGAUUUCCACCAACUACUGUUUCAUGGGGUUUGAAGCCGGAACCUCCUGCGAUAGACAGACGUGCCGAGUUGGAGGAACGGGAGCGCGAGCGUGAACGGGAAAGAGAACGCGAACGAGAACGUGAACGUGCCGAACGGGAACGCGAGCGUAUUCGACGCGAAAGAGAACGGGAGAGAGAGAGAGAAGAGCAACGUGAGAGAGAAAGGCGGGAACGUGAGAAGGAGGAGAAGAGAAAACAGCAGGAAGCAGCCGAACGGGAGCGAGAAAGGCGGGAUAAGGAACGCCGCGAGAUGGAGAGACGUGAGAUGGAGCGCGAAAGACUACUUCAUCAGAAUCGACAACACGUGGUUGUACCUCGAGAUCGUUCACCGCUCAGGAACGGUUCGGCGCCUUUAGAUACCGGGGAAGUGCGUGUAAAAGAGGAACCACGUAGCAAAGACGAUGAGGUUGUAAUGCUUCCACGACCGCCGGUACCUGGUCCCGGAACGACAGGAUCCGCGCCAGGACCUGGACCAAAUCCACUGCCUGACCCGAGAUCAUACCAUCAUCCGCAUCCGCAUUCCUAUAUUACGAGGCAUCCGCAUAGUAUGCCAACUUCGCAUUCUAUACCGCGUACUAUGCUUCCCAGUUUAAGCGCACAUCCGAUGCAACAUUUUCCACCGCCAUCUGCGCCUGCCGGUCAACCGGGAGCCCCUUGGCCAAGCGAUCCUUUUAGGGAAUACCGGUUCGACACGCUACAACAAUUACGAUAUAAUCCGAUAGUAGCGGCCUUCAGAGCCGAAGAAGAGGAACGAGCGAAACUAUACGCCGGCUAUCCUCCACCGCCGGUAAACACACUGAGAAGUAAGGAUCCUAGUCCAGGUCCGCUCAGUAACUUACAUAUGCAUCAUAGAGCAGGACCCGGCCCAGGAGUACCGCCGCGUCCGCUCGAAAAUGCCCUCAUGCAUGCGGAUAUUCACAAAAAAGAGGAUGGAUCGCAGUCCCGAUGAUACAUCGUUCCGGCGUCCUCGGUUUCUGCGAGCGAACGCACUGAGGGGCCGACCUUUUGAGCAUUCCACCCAGUUAAUGCUCUGAGCUCGGUGCUGAUAUUUUGCUAACAGAGAAGAAGCGUUAUUUAAAAAGAAAGUGUACAUAUUACUAUAUAUGUAAUAAAUAUAUUAUAAUAUUUAUAGUUAUCGAAAAAAAAAGAGUACGGAAGCGCGUAGAACUAUGAGAAAACGUAACGAAGAUGCCUUGCUAUUAAUGCCGGUGUUCCACCAAUAACUACGGCUAAAUAAAUGAUGACGUUUCGUGAAUUACGGAGGCAUCGCUGAUGUAUCACAAAUAAUAACGCUGUCGUUAUGUGAUUUCUGCAGUUUCAGUGAUCUGACUGUCUGUAGUGGUAACGAGCUCUAACUAUUACGACGAUAACUAUGCGUACAUUUUAAAAAGUAUCGUGUGUAAUAUUAAUAGUUAUUAUAGAACGUGAGGCGAUGGCUACGUAAAGGGGAAAAAAACGAAUCCAAGUUAGGAAAAAGAUUUAAUCCAGCGGAUCUCUAUUAUUACUCAAAAAAUUAUUUAAUUAUUUAUUUAUUGCGACGUAUGAACGAAUUUGAAUCUCUACUACUGACGUACAAGUGCGUAAGAUUUGCCCUUAUUUAAUUGAUGUAAUAUACAAUCGAAUGUAAAUUUUACUUCUUAGACUUUAAUUUGUAUAUUAGAGACGGUAGAAAAAGAGGAAAGGGUAUAUAAAAUGAAAAGUGUUCUUUGGCUUUCGGCGGCACAUGCUUUUUUCCUUUGCAUGCUGGCUAAAAGCACUCUUGUGCUUUCCUGUGAUAUAAAAAAAGAAAAAUUAAUCAAGAGUAGUAAAUUAUGAAUUUUUUUUAAUUAUAAAUCGAAGAUGCAAAUAAAAUCAAACUAUCUCUGAUAAAGUUAUGACAAUUAAUUUGUUCUUAAUUGAUAUCGAAAAACACAGGAUGAUACUUAAUAUAACAGCAGUUUGACCGUGCCAAAGUGCUUCAAUCAAAGACUAUUUAAUAUUGUGUGCAUGUGCAUAUAACAUUCAAAGUCUGUUUUUUUCACGUUUCCAUGAAAAUUGGCAAUUUUAUCCUUUUCUUUUAACCAUUCUCUCAAUUAUCAGCCAUAUACAUCAUUGUGUUACCAGAGAGCCAAUUAUGAGAUCUCCUAGAAAGUUCUGUGCCAUGGACCAGGUCACGUUCAAAUAUUCCUGGUACCUCAAAAGAAAAAACGCGACUUUUCUGAAUAAUUGGAGUAAUUCCCAAACUGUUUCAUUUAUACUGUAAAAUCACAGUAAAAUUGUAUAUUAUAUGAUUAACUAUAUACACGCAGUUUAAAAAUUGUAGAUAUUUUUCAUCGACGCAAAGUUAUAAUGUGAUGCAAUGAUUUUUUUCAUGUAGAUAUCGCGAAGUAUAAAAGAGGAUUUUGUGUGAAUAGGUUUUUUCUAAAACUGAUUCUUGUAAAAGGAUCUAAUAAUCAUAGUUUCUAUCAAUCUUGUUGUUUUCAAUACAUUUACCAGUCCUGUGUAUAAAACUGUAUAUAAGAAACAAAAACGAAACUAAGAGAUAAAAAAGAAAAAA